UCUGUCUGAGAAGAUACUCCCUUCCUCUCUGCUAUCCUGCUUGCAUCUGACUCCUCCCUCCUGCAGCUCAGAACAGUGCAGGGUGAAUCCAACAGCCUCUCCUUUCUACUAUGUUUCUUCCUGAGCUACUAGAGCUUGGAUAUACCUGAUAUUCUGCCUUCCUUUCAACUGAACUUGUGAGUAAGGCACAUUGCCUGAUAUCUGUCAAAAGUGAAUGGCAUGUUAUUACCUAAGAACCUAAAUUAACCAUCUUCCAGUACUGAAAGGAUUUUGAAGAACUGCAUUUUUUUCAGCACCUUUGAUACUUGUUGUUGCCUGAUUUUUGUAGGGCAUGACUUUUUCUGGUUAUCAAGGGUGCUUUCACCUGAAUAUUUCAUCAGAUGCCGCAAAAGAGAGUCUAGGAAGACAAAGAAACUUGUGAUGUGGAACUAACUUCUGGUUUCAGCUAGUGAAAACUUGCAGAGUCAGUGAGAAGGUAAAGAAAAAAUUUGCCAAGGACAAUGUCAGCAACGCCUAGUAAUUUGUCACUUAAUGGGACAAGCUUCUUCGUGGAAAAUCGUAGCGUUAUGGAUAAGCCUAGUGAGCAGAGAACUUUGAAUGUCUUUCUAUUCUGCUUGACUUUUAUCAUGGCAUUCACAGCACUUCUAGGCAGCAUUUAUUCACUAGUUUCCCUGCUGAAAAUGCAAAACAAAACAACGGUUUCAAUGAUUGUGACCUCUUUGUCAAUAGAUGAUUUGAUCAGUGUUGUGCCAGUGAUUAUUUUCAUGCUCACCCAGUGGUCAAGUGAUGUCUUCCUCCAGCCUCUGUGCACCACCUCAGCGCUUGUGUAUUUAUUCCAGGGCAUUUCUAGCAACCUGAAAGGUUGUCUUCUAGUUUCUUACAACUUCUACACCAUCAACAAAACUGAGACAAUAUGCUGCAGCACUUCCAAGCAACAAGUGAGUGUGGUAUGGGCCAUUCUUACUAUUUGGGUCAUCAGUUUGCUGAUCUGCAUUUUGCCUCUCUGUGGUUGGGGCGCGUACAUCCCCACCUCCUGGGGUUGCUUCACUGACUGUGCCAGUUCCUACAUCUUGUUUUUAUUUACUAUCUACUCGCUGUGCUUCUGCCUUCUCACAGUGCUGUCUGUUCCUCUAACUUACCAGCUGUUGUGCUCAGAUGAGCAACAGCUAUUACAUACUGAUUACCAGGAAAUCUCUCGAGGCUACAUCACCCCUGGGACACCUGCAGGCUGCAGUACUACUACCCCAUCUGUGUCACUGGUGGACCCUGUGGAUAAAACCCUGAAGCAUUUCCAAAAUGCAAGUCCCAGUUCGGAGGCAGUUUUGGGGAAAGGUGUGGCUGAAAGCAGUGCACUCGAGCCCCGUUGCAUGAACAGCAUACAGAGCAGGAGCUUCGCAGUGGGCUUCGCCCAGAAACGAUUCUCACUGAUUGUUGCAUUGACAAAAGUAAUUCUCUGGCUUCCAAUGAUGAUACAAAUGGUUGUCCAGCACAUCACCGGCUUUCAAAGCUUUCCAUUUGAAUCCCUUAGCUUCCUGCUGACUUUGCUGGCUGCCACAGCCACCCCAGUAUUUGUCCUGUCAGAACACUGGAUCCACCUGCCCUGUGGCUGUAUCAUUAAUUGCAGGAGGAACUCAUACGCAGUGUCUUCAGAAGAACUCAAAACGAAACGUAGGGGCUUCGAAUUCAACCUGUCAUUCCAGCAAGGUUAUGGAAUCUACAAAAUAUCCCAGGAACACCAUCACCACCACGAUGGGGAUGGUCAGUCGAUGUCCUAUCACAGCCUGGUGAGCUACGACUGCGAUAGCUCGACAGAACCUGGCAGAGGCAGCGAUGCCCGCCCCCGGGCCGGGCGGGCGGCGUUCAGCACCACGGCCCGGGCGGACAGCUCCCGGGGCGGCGGGGGCGGUGGCGGGGGCGCGGCCGGGACGGAGCCCGGCGCGGGGGGCAGCACCGACCGCCUCUUCCCGGACAAACCGGCGCGCUUGGAAAGAGAGGAGGUCAGAAAUUUUGAUCAGUCGACUUUUUCUGAAGGACCAGAGAGGAGGUUGUCUCAUGAGGAAAGCCAUAAACCUGAACUCACAGAUUGGGAAUGGUGCAGGAGUAAAUCGGAGAGGACCCCUCGGCAGCGAUCAGGUGGGGCCUUAACUAUCCCUCUGUGUGCAUUUCAAGGAACUGUAUCUCUUCAGGCACCCACGGGAAAAACGCUCUCUUUAUCUACAUAUGAGGUAAGCACCAAAGGGCAAAAAAUAGCACCUGCAUCAAAGAAAAUCGAAGUAUAUCGAUCUAAAAGUGUGGGUCACGAGCCAAACCCAGAGGACUCUCCUAAUACGCUUGCUGACACAAGCGUUAAAAUUCAUUUAGAGGUACUUGAAAUUUGUGACAAUGAAGAGGCCCUGGAUACUGUGUCAAUCAUCAGUAAUAUCAGCCAGUCCUCCACACAGGUAAGGUCUCCAUCCUUACGUUACUCACGGAAGGAAAACAGGUUUGUCUCCUGUGAUUUAGGGGAAACUGCCUCCUACUCUCUCUUCAUACCAUCAAGCAAUCCUGACAGUGAUAUUAACAUAUCAAUUCCAGACACUGUCGAAGCUCAUCGGCAGAAUAGUAAAAAGCAGCAUAUGGAAAGAGGUGGUUAUCAGGAAGAAAUACAAAUUUUGAAUAAAGCAUACAGAAAACGGGAAGAAGAUGGCAACAGCAAUUAAAAGGCAUUCAAUCGAGACUUGUAAGCUGAUCUGACAGGCGUUGCUUCUCUUGACUCAAGUUACCCUAGCAAGUACAACAUCAACUGUUUUGUCCUAAUGUAUAAAUUAAUUUUAUUCGGGUACAAUGUUAAAUUGAUUAAAACUGCAUAGUGAAUUUCAAGUUAUUUAUUUAUCUGUUUAUUUGAGGAACAUGUGUGUCUAAAAUGAAUCCUAAAAAAUGUCUGAAAAAACAGCUUUGGUUGCUUGUUGGCACUGGGUGAUCUGCAGGAAAUGAGGGAGCAGCUCCACAGCGUGAAGUUAUAAUAGUUCUGGCUGGCUUGCAAUUAUGCUCUUGCUGAUGUGUCAGACUUGAAACAUUUCUCAGACAAAAUGUAGCCCAAACCUAAGACUAGCUCAUUUAGUUGAUGAAGCAGAGGAUUAGAGAUAUGUAAAUGGUUUAAUUUUCUACUGCUCUAGACAUGUUUCAUAUGUAAUACCUCUGUAAGUGGCCACCGUAGAUCUUUUAAGUAUGGGCUGAAACAUAAGCAUGCACAUUUUGUAAAUACCACGUUGUGAAACUUAUGAGUGUUCUCAUGGCUGACAUUUCUCUGAUCAUACAUGACAGAUGUUGGUUAAUUUUAUGCCAGUUACUUUGAAGAGUCCCCUUCUUUUGCCUCUGUGAUCUCUUACCAAGUUAAGAAGUUUCCCAAUCUUACAGAAUAUUUCCAACUUGAUCUAGAUAAAGGCAGCAUUUGAAAUGUUUGAAGAGCUAGAAUGUCAAAAUUAAUUUGAAUAAUUCUUCAUGUCUGAGUCGUCCCUAAGCAAGGAAUAGUUUUACAGUGUCAUUUUCUUCCUCAAGACCCAUGUGAAGCCAAAAUAAAACCAGUGAAUACUCUGUAAUUUGUGUCAAAUUCAGACAAGUCAAGGUGGAAACAGUGAAUGGAGUCCUCAAGUCUUACAUUAAAUACGCUGCAUUUUCUUGAAAUGCUAAUGCAUUUUAACUGAGAGCUCUUUUUCUGAGGGUGUGUCAUUCAUUUCAGUUAAACAGAAGUAAAUACACUCUCAGGACUUUCAGCAGUUUGAUUAAAAAUUACACUGCUUCUUUAAGGAAUAGGUUUCAUUUCAAGUGGUAAGUGUGCUGACAUAAUCAUGUAGGGGUCUGCAGUCACCCUGUUUUCCACUCAGUGGGGACGAUGCAAGGGAAUAUAAGCACAACCGUAUUCAGGAUUCCUUAAUGGGAUAUGAAUGGACAGAGCAAAAGAGCCAAAUACUGUGUCUGUUUGGACUCAGCAUUUGAAACAGAGGCAUAAAAACAAGCAGGCGACUUGUCUUCUCACUUCAACAUAAAUCAGGCCUGCCAUCACAAUCAGUGGGGCUGCACUGGAGUGACAGUGAUGUAGCACUGAAGAAAAUCAGGGUCAAAGACUGCAGGUUGCUGUGAUAGAGAGGGAUUGCUCUACAAGUUCUGCUUUCCGUAUGCUGCCUUUCCAAGGUGAAAACAAGGGCUCUCGUUAAGAUUGCCUCAAGGCUUUUAGUUCCACUAGGAUGCCAUGUUAUAUUUAGCAAGAAACUACAGUAGAAGUUUCUACCAGAAAGAAUCUACAGUAGAAGGAAGAACAAGUGGUGAGUCUAUUGAAUAAAAUUGUAUCCAUACAUGUAGAGCAGAGAAACAUUCUGCUGUCUCUGAGUAUGUUGCUUUUCCGUGUUCUGUAGAAGGAACGCAGAAAGUAUCUUUAUAGCAACAAACGUGCUCGAUCCAGAUAAAGGUAGCAAAGUUGUGAUGGAGAAUGCAUCCAUUGCAACUUCGGUUUGGUCAGGUGUUCUGUGUUCUCUGGAGGUGAUUUGGACUAUGUUAAUGAGAUUACAGGCUGGUGUGUUAAAUCUCUGAUGAAUGUAUUUACAAAGGGUUCAAAUUUGGAGGCAUUAAAAUUCUGCAUAGCUAUGACCUAGAGCUUGACCUUAUUGUAGAGUGUUGUCUUGCUGCUGUAAUGAAACAUAGAUUUUAUUUGAUGAAUCUGUAAAUUUGAUAAUGUACAAAUGUCUGAUUUUUUUUUUUUUUUCUCUAAAUGGUGCAUAUCAUUAAACAAUUUAAAGUGUCUGUAAACCCAAGUUGUAAUUACUGAGUAGAUACCAGCUUCUUGCACAAUGCACUGGAAAACUUGCUGUUUGAGAAAAUUUGCUCCUGGUUUGUUUAUUCACGUAAGUGCUAAGGUGUCUUCAUUUAUCCUUUGGACUUACUUUUUAUAACAAUUAUUUUGUAAGUGUUUUUAAGGAAAAAAAAAUCUUCCUCCUCUGUUGUUUUUCCCUUGUCUGACCUUUUAACGUAUUUCAGUGACAGCUUGCCAUUUGAGGGCAAAGUGUCUGUCAAUGACCGUUUGAAGGUGACUUGAAAGAGGCCUCAUCUCUGUUCAGACACCACAGCAACUGACUGAAAAAAGUCCCUUGGAAAAUGUGACGUGAAACAGUGCCCACGUUUCCCCUCCUCUUAGGGUGUGGGUUGUUGAAUAAUGCAAAGGAUAGAAAACAAGAAGCAAGGAAAUACUUUUUGAGAUAAUCUUUGGUAAGCAGUAUAUCCAGUGCAUCAGAGUUUCUUUUCAGUGGCACUCAUGUAUGCUGAGAAUAACAUUAUGUUAACAGAGGUACAAGAAAAAUAAAUCUGUAAUAUGCAAGGCCAGCCCCCAGAAUCCCAAGUGCCUCAAAGGAUUGUGCUUCUUGAAGAAAAAGAUAUAGCCAGGUACUGGAAUGCAGAUUUGCUAUAUUAAUCUUGAUAGAAAAUAUAUUUUACAGCAUCAUACUAUUUCAAAAGACAAUAAUUUCAUAGAAAGUAAUAAAUGUUACCUAUAUGUUUUUUUUACCUUUAUAGAUUUGGGGCUAGUGCAUAGUUUCUGGAACAUGAUUUCACUUCCUGGUAUGUAUCACUGUAGUGAUUUCCAAGAUGAGUGUUUGAACAUUAUGUUCCUCUCUUUUAAUGAAUUUGGCAGAUUUAGGUGUCUCAGAGCAUAGUAAAUUCUGCUUUUCUGGACUCCAGCAACAGCUCCUAUAAGAAUUACAAUAUCUGUAUCUGCUCCUGUACAUUGUACACUGUAUAUUUUAUAAAACAAACUGAAUUUUAAAGCCUUUCUGUCCUUGCACGCACAAUCUUCACUGCUGGAGGCAGUCCUGUUGGCUGCAGUACUGCUGGUGUGCAGUAGCAAGAUACUCUCCCUGGACAGAGAGCUGUUACGUGGGAUCCUCUUCUGUUGUGUCUCCCCCUUCUCAGUAUCUACCUAACGUGUUUCCUCAUUAGGAAUGUGAUUUUGAGGAGUCUCACUUCAAAGUACUGAAAGGAGAACACUAUCUUCUGUCCUCUGAGGGCAUGCUGCUGUGUAGACACCCUUAUGUACAGAUGCAUUACUUCACCUCACGAUGGUGAAAAUGAUGAGAACUGAAUGUGAACAACGGUUAAAAGGAGUUGAAAAGGCCCAGUAAUAUGCAAACCACUGAGACCAUUUCAAGAAAUGUAUCUUUUCAUAUGUAUUAGAAAAUAAUCUUUACAUGAAUUGAUGCACAUUUACUAUCUUUCCAACAUCUAAAUCUACAAACUUACUAAAAAUUCUGGAUUUGUAAUGUUUUCUUUAGAAUGUGUGGGGUUUUUUGCAGUGCUGGUUAAACAGGAGACAAAAAGGCACGGCUGAAAUGCAGUAGCUACAUGCAUGCAUAUGGAAAUUUCCUCUCACACUGAAAUCCUAUUUAUUUCCAAUGUGUGCACUGCUUAGGUGCCCAGAUACACUAUCAUGGAGGGAUCCAGGAUCAAACAGAGUACAUCUGUUCAAGUCACCUGAGUGAUUCAAGGUAACCCGAGAACAUGUUCUUCAAUGAUUUUAAGGAGAUAAAACAGACAAAACCAGCUUUCUGACAGCUUCCUUAGGCAUGCAGAGCCUAACAUGACCCACGACUAAGCUGGCAUCUGAGAGUGCGGCCACAUGCACUGCUGACAGGACAUACUAUCAGCCCUGGCUGCUGGUGUGUCGUACAUGGGUGGUCACCAGGAGCCAUUUCCUUCCUGGCCUCACAGGUUUCAGAUUAGCAUCAGACACAUCUCCUGUCCUGGUAUAUCUAAAUAACACAACUAAAGAUAAUAACUACCUGAAUUUAUAUUCACCUACAGGCUAAAGAAGGCCCAGAAGGCAAGCCCAUUUGUGUCUGGGCAAUGUUGUGCCAUGGACAGGAAAGCUCAUACCUGAGCAGCGGGAUGCGUUUUCCCACCACCAGGUAUCCUGCCCCCUCCACGCUUUCGGAAGGACGUGGGCCAUCCUCCCUCGUUUGGCCUGUAUAGGUAUGCCAGUGACGUAUUUCAACAGGGGGUCUUUUAACAUUUCUUAGAUUUCUGAGAACUUACUUUGUGCUGAUUUUCUUUGGCUCUUUUUUACUCCACAAUCGGUUGUCACUGUGAGACUUUCGAAGAAUGCCGUGAAAUUUGUGUUGGUCCGUGUAGUGACGAACGCGGGGAAGUCGUGGAGUGUGCUUCCCUGGGCUGUGUUAAGCCCCAGAUGCAGAGUGAGAAGAGGAGGAGUAUAUUUCCUCCUAGAUUUCUCAUUUCUUCCCCAUGCUCCUUCCUGUAAUCUGCCUUUCAGAUGAUCUUCCUCAGUAUCUUCUAGCUCUUGUACUCGCCCCUGGCCCCUCCUUUUCCCUCUUGUCUCCAGGUAACCUCACCCUGAGUGCAGCUACUCCUGGUGCUGAUGGUUCACAGAUCUUGCUCUCUACCCCUUACUUGUCUCUAUUAAAGUGAAAAUCUGAGCUUUUCUUGAGAUUUCCUUGUACCUGAAACUGGGUAUAGCUAAAAAAAGACCCACAUGAUGUUUCUUGCACUAGCCCUCCUGUGCAGGGCCGUGGCAUGGUGCCGUGCCGUUUUGUAGAUGUACAGAUGCGCGCUGGGGAAUUGGUAGAUCUGUACAGGUCACCGGGGGUCUCAUCCCCAGCGCAGUGCCAUUUCAUCCUUGGAGGAACAGUCCCUCUUCAGCCAUCUGCCACCUACUGCCAUGGUCCCUGAGAAGGGUUCCGGUGGCUGCCUUGUCACCUCCGUCACCGGAGGUGUCUUUGAGUAAAAGGCUACAGAUGUAUGCUGCGACAAAGCAUUGUGACUUUGGUUUCGUGUUUUAAGGCCAUAGAGAUAAGCAUUUAAGCAUGGAAAAGAAUAAACCUAGCAGCCAGUCAGCCGGCUACUUGGGUGCUUAAAGCAUUUUGUGAGGGGAAAGGAAAAAAAAAACCAAACAGAUCUUUAACUCAAUCACUUAGUUCUUCUUUCUUUUCAUAGCCAACUGCUGGGAGUUGCUGGACUAUCUGUAGGUAAACUGUAGGCAGAGGGAAAAAAAAAAAAAAAGAGAGAAAAUGGUUUCCUUUGAAAGGGAGUCCUUUACCUGGACCAAGUUUGCAAAUCAGUGUGUAACAUUGUAUUGCAGAGAUGUGAAUGCUAGUAAUUUUUAAACAAAUGUAAAUUAUACCAACAAAGGAGAAAUGGUGAAACAACACGUAAAAAGAUGAGAUUGAAGAAGCAUUUAUAGCUUCACAGCGGUACUCAAGGAAACAAAAAGAACAUUAAUUAACUGUUGAAAGAGUAAUAAAGCUGAGUAAUUUCAUCUGAUUUAAAAAGUUUAAUUUAAGCCUGGAGAACGUGGACAAGGUAUGCCACAUAAAGCAGCAAUCAGCCGGCAGACCCAGAACUGGUAGCUACUGAAAUACGUCUGUUUUAUUUUAAAAAGAAACAACAGGAAUACCGACCCGGUACAGAGAAAGGGUGGCAACGCCACAUGUAAUGAUGGGGACCGACACGGAACGCGUCCUUAAAAUCCUCUCGGAGGCCUCAGAAAGGGACCUCAAAGCUUCAGGGUCUGUACGUUGACACGAGAGGAGGCCGGCGUGCAAGGUGAGCUGCAGGGGCAUAUUGCUGUGAAUAUAUUUAAUCGCGACUGCGCAUCGCCCCCGGGUGCGCUGCGCUGC